AGAAGCAGCUGUUCGGGGGGCUGCUGCUGAAAUUCCAACAUGGCAGUGGCUGUGGUCAGUGUUUCCGGCGUUAACUUGGGAUGGUUUCAGCUCGCGCGCAGCCCGGCUUAACCUCGAGACCGACAGAACCCCCUUCAUCAUCGGGAUCGAUGCGACCCUAAAUCCCCCCAGCCCCCCCUCCCUACGUGAGGGGUCAACCUGUCGCUAACUAAAACAAAAAGAAGAGGAAACAAAUCCAGCACGACAUGAUCAGCAGCAGCAGCGUCUAUGGCUUAAAGAUGCAGUGGACCCCCGAGCAUAGCCAGUGGGCCGAGCAGCACUUCGACAUCUCAUCCACCACCCGCUCACCUGCCCAUAAGGCUGAGGCCUACCGGGCGGUGUCCGGCCACCUGCAGCGUUCUGCCACCUACCAGUACGCCUGGGCGAACGACGACAUCUCCGCCCUCACUGCCUCCAACCUACUCAAGAAGUACGCCGAGAAGUACUCCGGUAUCCUCGAGAUGCCGGCAUCGUACUCAGAGGGGCCUGGGGUCCCUGGAGGGAUGAAUGGACGGAAAGGCGAGUCGGAGCCCUGGCAGGAUGGCGUCUACCCGAUGAGCUGCAUCCCAGAGGGAGUUUCUGUCAGGAAGGGCGGUGUGGCGGCGGCGUCUGAAGUGGUGUCUGGCAUCUGUAGCUCCCCGGGCCUGGCCUCCAGUACCCUGAGUGAGCCCAGUUACUCCAGCAGCAGCUGUGGGAGCCACUCAGCCACGGCACUCCACUCCUCUUCCCUUGCCUCUCAGGAAUACGGACCCACCUACAGCGGCUCGUACCUGCACAGUAGUUACAGCUCCCAGUCUGCCCUUGCCCCGUCACUUCCCUCCCCACUGCACAGCUCUGGGCUUCUGCAGCCCCCUCCUCCACCUUCCCACCCCACCUUAGUCCCAGCAUACAACGGAGGCUCCCCCAACUUGUCUAGUUAUAAUUACCCCCCAGCAGGCUACCCAGCUCAGAGCUCAGUCGGACCAGGAUACAGCCCUGGAGGAGCUCCCCCUCCCUCCUCCUACCUCCCUUCAGGAAUUGCUGCUCCCACACCUCUUCCCCCCUCCUCUGCUUUACCUGGAUACCCAUACCAGAGCCACAACCUGACCCCAAUUGCCCCCACCCCCCUUAACAGUAGCUCCUCUAACACAUUAAAGAGGAAAGCCUUCUACAUGACGGGCCAGGGAGAGAUCGACUCAUCUUAUGGUAACUUUGGUUAUGCCCGGAGCUCGGCAGAGAGCCCUAUGUACAGGGUCGCUGACAGCAGCAGUGCUAACGGGGGCUCCAACAGCACCGGUGGGAGUGGGUUUGACAGGAGUUCUGAGAAGUCGUCUUUAUCUUUUAACCCCCAGAAACAGUCCACGAUGGCUUCAGAGCAGCAGAGGAAGUACGGCAGUCAGGCAGCAGGUGGACCUCUGACCCCACCGACCUAUGUAUCCUCCACCCUGGGGGGCUCUCGCUCAGCAGAAUCUCUUGCCAGCUUCACUUCCCCCUCCCUUAGUGAACAAGGUGCUGAAGAUCCCCGUCUCCAUCUGUCCCACUCGGCACCAGGGCCUACCUCCUCUUCAUCCACCUCCUCCUCCCGGCCUGCAGAAGAGCAGCUUAAAACCUGUGACCCCCACCUUCUUGACCUGGUGACCUCAGAAAUCAUUCAGCAGGGCCCUCCAGUGGAUUGGUGUGACAUCGCAGGUCUAGAACUGGCCAAGGCUACCCUGAAGGAGGAGAUUCUGUGGCCUAUUCUUCGUCCAGACAUGUUCAGCAAUUUGGGACCGUCCCCACGCUGCGUGUUGCUCUUUGGGCCCAGAGGCAGUGGUAGGACGUUGCUGGGCCGCUGCCUAGCCAGUCAACUGGGAGCACAGUUUCUCCAGCUCAGUGGCUCCACCUUAGCCACCAAGUGGCUGGCUGAUGGGGACGAAAUCAUCCGAGCAUCAUUCCUGGUGGCGCGUUGCCGGCAACCCUCGGUACUCUUCAUAAGUGAAGUGGACAUGCUCCUGUCAGCUCACCUCAGUGAAGAGAGCCCAGUCAACCGACUGAAGGGGGAACUACUCGCCCAACUGGACUCGCUCCUAAUGAGCUCAGGUGAGGACGGAGGCAACCAAGUCUUGGUUGUUAGCUCCACAAGUAGACCACAAGACAUGGAGGAAGGCUUGCGCAGAUACUUUUCUCGGAGAAUACUGGUGCCCCUCCCAGAUAGCGCUGCCCGACACCAGAUCAUGAACCAAGUCCUGGCCCAGUCUCAGCACAAAUUCUGCUUAAGCGAGGAGGACCUGGCGUUGCUGGUGCAGCGUACUGAGGGUUUCUCUGGACUGGAUCUGGCCAGACUCUGCCAGGAGGCCCUUGUAGGUCUUUUGCAUGUCUCAGCACAGGGCAUGGACAUGACGGGUAUGAUGCCCCGAGGCCAGAUCAGGCCCCUCACCUACCAGGACAUCGAGAGUGCCUGCUGUAAAUUCCAAGCCAGUAUUUCACAGAAAGAGAUUGACACUUACGCUGAGUGGAACAAAAUGUUUGGCUGCAGCCAGUGAAAAAUAGGCACUGCCCUCGAGAAAAAGAGGCUCCCACAAUUCCUUCCCUCUGGGCAAAAGCAUUGUGCUAGAAGGAAGGCACACAGAAGGCCAACUCGCAAGCCCGCUGUGAUCCAACCAACGGGUUUAGAUGCACCCAGAAACACGGUUUGAUGAGACAACAAGCAGUUCUGCAUUUAAUGAGCAAGAGUUGAAAUCGAAAUGCUUGACAAGCCAAUCGUCGUUUACAUGGGACGCCCCAGUGUCUCUGUAUAUAAUGUUACAUUGUUGUUCUUGAGAUUUAGUUGGCUAUCCAAGUGCCUGAAGUGGUGCUUUCUGAUUUCUCUUAAUUUGCUUCACAAUCUCCAUUCAUGGCACGAGCUGAUGCUUAUUAAGAGCUUUAAACCUUCAGCAGUGGGUCUGAAACACAGACUGACAGCUGCAUUCAGUGGCGGUUAUCCAUCCUUUUGUCUUGCUUGCAGCAGUAAUCCAUCAGGGUGGCAGUAGUCUGGACCCUGUCUCACAUUCAUCCCCUCAGAUCCCGUUUCCGCAAAGCUAAACAAACAAACGAAACAAACAAGCAAACAACACUCAGGAAAGCGUUUGUAAAUUGUACAGUACCUCAAGAUGUAUCGACAAAAAGCACUAAGAUUUGAGAGGAGAAUCUGUCAGUUAGACGUACCUCAAGUGGCAGAAAAAAAUAGCAAAGAGGUGACGAUGAAUGUACCAGACGUGCUCUCGAUCGAUGGAGCGUAUACUCUGCAGUGAGAGUAAACCAUUGUCUUUUUUCUCAUCACAGCAGGUGCUUUAGCUACCUGUUUUUACUUGACCAGUCAUGAAACUUAUAUCCAUUGCUCUUGAAAAUGUAAUCCAGUGUUUUUGCCCAGCUUUGGGGGGGGGGGGUUACAGGUGGUAAGGUGUUGUACAAAUAUUAAUACUUUUUAAAACCUGGUUUUGAUUACACAAUCUAGGCUGUGCAGUCAGCCUGCGUGGGAGCUCCAUCGGUUUAUCUGUUCAUUCGUUAGACUGCGCAACUUUUUGAAUACAUUGUUAAUUAGCUAAAAUGUUAUUAAUAAACAUGUACUUAUUUGCGUUCUUACAGAGUUUUACAUAACGUGCUAAAUGCUAAAGCUAAUAAUGUUUCCAGUUUUUUUAGGGCAAGAGAAAUCAUCUUAUUUGCUCAAAUCUACAAAAAAACUAACUCGCAUGUAGAUUUGUAGAGUUAGCUAAUCAGCUAAUUGUAGCCACGAAGUUUAAUCAAGCCUAUUUUGGGGGAGGAAAUAUUCUGCUGUGACAUCAUAUAUGCGACGUCUGAUUUGUAAUCUUUUUAAUUACGAAUUUUUACGAGCAAAGAAAUCUUAAAUCACGUGACAGACAUAGUCGAAAUGAUCAUUCAUCAUUUAAAUUGAAGUAGUCCAUGUGUGAUUGAGGACGUAAGGCAAAGAGGACCAGAAAAAUGUUUGUCCCCGUUUGUUUACAUUUAAUUUUUAUGUUCAGGGGACCCAUGAGCCGGAGACUUAGGCUCCAUAUUAACGCCCCUGAAAUCUGACUAUUUAGCUCAGUUUAACCAUCCUUGUCGCAGAAAGGACAAAAACCCGCAACAUAUCAAAAUAUAGGGAAAGAACGUUCUAAAGGUGGCAAAAGAUAAAUCCUAAUUGUCGAUUUUUGUAAACAUUUCUUUUUUUCACCGGAAAUUUAAUGGCAAUAAAAUCAGGAUAAACCAAGACAAACAGAAAAACAGUAUUUGUUUAGCGGGCAGGUGUGAAAUGAGCUGCUGCAUCAUUACUCUGUUACAAGAACACGAGGAAGCACAAAGAACAGGUUGGCUGAGGCUCAGCUGGAAAUCACCGGACUCCGGUGUUGUGCGGACAGGCCCUUAGUAUCAUGGUUGUCACGCGGUCCCGUCAACAGGCACGUCUACUGCGGCGUAUUAGGGUCACUUGAUAGAAGAAAAUAGGAAGAAAUGUGUAGAUUAAAAUAUUUCAAAAAUAAAGUCAGAAUGCAUUUCCACGAUAAAGAAAAAACGUUGAGAAAAAAGUCUAAAAUAAGAAUCAAUUUGUGAUUUCAAAGAAAAUCAAAAACUGAACUAAGAAAAUUCAAAUGAAAACCGAUUUAGUCUGUAAAAGACUGGGCUACUAAAUAUAAAGCUGAUAGUUGGGUUCUGUAGCAUGAUGGGGCGAAGCCGCCUACUGAAGACUUAUUCUGGUAAUGGUAGUUUUGCCAUUUUUCAUGAAGUUGAAGCAAUAUAAAAAAACUCAUUUCAUUUUUGAUAGUUGGGAUUUUUUUUUCCCCGCUUGACGCUUCCUCUGUACAUUAUUUGAGUGACCCUAAUAAGCUGCAGCACAAUUCCUAUAAAUAUAAGCUAAUGAUUAGCAGUGUGUUGAAGCUUAUAAUUGUAUUAUAAUUUUAUCAGUAUUUUACACAAACUGAAGCAUUUGGUGAUGUCGGGGGGUGACGGUUUCUGUUACCUAUUGUUAUACACUGGAAGGAUUUUUGACUUUCAUUCCAUGUUUUAGAAGCUUUGUGCUCUUCUGGAAUAAUUUAUUGCACAUGCACUGAUGUAUUUUUGUGUGCACGAUUUUGUUUAUGCCGCCGGCAGCACCUUCUUGUUGUGUUGGAUGUUCAACCAAACUUUUACUCGAAUCCCAAAAAUAUGAACAUGAACGACGGGCGUAUUUUCAGACUAACUUCGAGUUCGUGAUCACCAUCAGUGCAGCACCUGAUGUGAACGGGAGGUCUGGAGGAGCGGGUGGGGGAGGGGAGCUGUGCUGAGCAUCAGCAAGUCUGAUGGAAAUCGGAGAGAGAGGCAGGUAGCGUGGCAGCAGCACAAGAGGGGGAGCAAAGUAGUACGUCAGAAAAACCACCCUCAAAACAAUCUGUGCCAGAAUUCCUUCUGUCAGCAAAUCCUCUAGAGAAUGAGUCUCAUCGGACAGAAAUCCCACUAAUGCACUUCAGAGCGCAACAACAGCAGUGCAGGCGUUCUCCUUUUUCUUUUCCUCCCUGUUCAACAAUCGACUUGAAACACGGCGGUCAAUGUUACACUUUGUGAUGUGUUUUGCAAUCCUCCUUUUGUGUCCUUUUCUUGUCCUACAUGGUGUGCGAACCAAAGUUUUUCUUUAAAUUUUGUUAUUUUAAGCAUUUCUACCUCAUAGCUACGAAACCUGUGGUCUUUGAUUUCUAUAAUCCUCUCAGCAUUUCUCAAAAAUAUACACAAAAAAGAACCGGAGAGAGUACCACCGUGAAGUUCGUGCAGUCGACCUCAGAUGACUGUACCUAAAACAUUUAGCUGAUGGUGCAACUGCAGGCUGCAGCAUAGCCUAGACUGUGUGCGUGUGUGUGUGUGUGUGUGUGUGUGUGUGUGUGUGUGUGUGUGUGCGCGUGUGUGUGUGUGUGUGUGUGUGUGUGUGUGUGCCAUUCAAGCUAUUUUCAAAACACACAUGGACUUAAAAAAGUCACUCGCUAAUAUUUUGCGAGUAGUUAAAGGGGUCAGCCUAAAAAUAUGGCCUGGAAAUGUAUAAUCCAAUACAUUUGCUUUAAUCCUUUGUGAUCUGUGGUCGUGUGAAUGUGUAUAUACGUGGGCACACUCUUCAUUUUUUGUUUUCAAUUUAGUGUGUUGACUUUUCUAAAAUGUUAGUAUAUAUAACACACUUGCACAAGUUUAAACCAGAGUGUAACGUGUUUCUGUUGUACAUAUCUAUACAUACAAUACAAAUGCACCACUUGUUUAUACGUGUGAAUAUGUUGCCAUACUUGCAGUCAACUUUAAAUGUAUUUUCAUGUAAUCUGAGGUACAAGAAGCAGCAACAAACGAUUCAUUAAAGACGUUUUCUUGGGA